AUGCGACCCGAGGCGGCGGCGGGAGCCCGGGCGGCGCGGGGGCGCGUCUGUCCCUGCCCCGCGGACGGUCCCCGGAGGCCACCUUCGCCGCGCGGGCCCGAGAGCCCCACGCCGUGGAGACCUUGGACCCUGACACCCCGAGACGCCGAGCCGACGGGAGCUGGCCGCCAGCUUGAGCCAGGGGGUGACCAGCAGACUUCCGGACCAAAGGGCGCCUUCGGGUUUCAGCACCCUGUGAGACUUUAUCUACCCAUUUCAAAGCGCCAAGAGUAUCUGCAGAGUUCUGGGGAGAAAGUGCUGGCCAGUUUCCCGGUGCAAGCCACGAUCCACUUCUACGACGACGCGUCCGACUCCGAGGAUGGCGAGCACGAGGAGGAGGCCCGGCUCCUGCCCCAGGAGGCCCAGGGGCCGGGGGCAGGGAGAAGGAACAGAGACCAGCCAACACUCCCCGCACCGCGGUCUGAAGGACACGGGGGGCUCGGAGAACACCGGGGGCUCGGUGGUAAGGGUGGACUCCCACACGGUGACUCUCCAGGGGGUGCCGAGUGCUCCUCAUCCAAAUAACGGGGGUCUCCCUCCCCCCACACCUGCCUGGCGUGCACUCUUGGGGACAGCUGGGCCUGGACACUGCAUGUCCCCGGGGGCUGCUCUGACUGUCUCUGGCCAGCACUCCGCCCAGGGCAAGAGCUCGCAGCUCCCCUUCUCCUUGUGGGGCUCUUCUUCAAGGCACUCACGGAACGCUGAGAAAGGACACUAGGACCGCGGGAAGGCUGGUGUCGACGGGUUCUCAUCAGGUAGGGCCGACUUCCAGGCCACAUCCGGCGGCCACUGUGCCGUCCAAGGAGACCCUCCAAUGCAGGCCAGUGGCCAUCCACGCCUCUCACCUCACCGGAGACUCACUGUGUACUGGGGCUAUUUGUGAUUUUGUACGGAAGAUACUGUCCAAAGGUUGCUGUGGUCACUUCAUGGCAUUCCGAAAAAAUUA